GAGAGAAAAAUAAAUGUAGAAGAACGGCCAAUACAGGAGUUACAGUUAGGCAGAGGAUAGAUACAGAGAAGGGACGGGCAUCUCGGAUUAGAUGGAGCACAGCAGGAGAGAGUAGGGCAGGUAGAUAGCAAGAGUGGGGCAUAGGAUAUAUAAGACGCACAGUAUGCGAGAUAGGGAGACAGUGAGAGAGCAAGGGAAGGAAAACAGGAGAAGUGAGAGUAGGGAGGUAAUGUAAGUGUGGAGCUGCAGCAGGAGACAAACUGCAAGAGGUAGAGAUAGGAAUAAGGUGACAGCAGAAUAUUGAGAGAUAGCAAAAGUGAAGCGACAGCAAAAAGAGAGAGAGCGCGAGUGGAGAAAGAGGGGGAGGCACUCCACUCCUGGUUUGUGCUUUAGACUAGAGCAACAGGUGACAGGUGCCAAGAGCUGCCACGGCAUGGUGAACCUGCAGUGCCAUCAGUUCUACUAAUCUUCUCAACUUGUCUCUUUGAAAACACUGGCGCAAUGAGAACAAGUGAAUUUGACUCUUCGGAUGAGGAAUCUGAAGAAGAGCACCAAUUACCAUUACAGGUAUCUUGGUUGGCUUUAUCUGUGGUGAACUGCCACCAGUUCCUUGGAAUCUGUGCAUUGCCAGGUUGUAAAUUUAAAGAUGCAAGAAGAAAUCUUCAAAAAGAUUUAGAAGAACUCAAGAGCCACAACGUACAAGAUAUAUUUGUGUUCUGUACCAAAGGAGAGAUGAUGAAAUACAGGGUUCCAGGCUUGUUGGAAUCAUACCAGCAACAGGGAUUCGUGGUGUAUCAUUACCCUUUUCCUGAUGGAAGUGUUCCAGAUAUUGCUAGCUGUUGGAAAAUUCUGGAAGAGUUGAGAAUCUGCUUGGAAAAUGAGAAAAGGAUCCUUAUCCAAUGUUAUGGAGGCCUUGGGCGUUCAUGUCUAAUUGCAGCAUGUCUUCUACUUCAGCUGUCUGAUACUAUGCUGCCAGAAGAAGCAAUUGGCCACCUUCGUGAACUAAGAGGAGCUGCAGCAAUACAAACUGUGAAGCAAUACAACUACUUGCAUGAUUUUCGAGAUAAUGUGGCAACAUACCUGGCAACAAAAGAUGAUGUUGCAGCCCGAUCAGUGUCAAGAUAAAAAUUGCAGAAAGUUCAGGCUGUAUAUUGUAAUUUUGUAAAUUGAUUGUAUAUAUAAAUUUUACAAUUGUCCAAUCUCAACAGAAGGGUUCUGACAAAAGGUCAGCAACUUGAAACAUUAACUGUUUCACUCCUAAUGGGUGUGCCAGACCUACUGGGUGUUUCCUGCAUUUUGAUUUAUUUCAAUUUUCCAGCAUCUGCAGAACUUUGCUUUUGUAUUCAACCAUUUUAACUUGUUAGUUUAGGUCUUUUGUUCAUUGGUGUAGUUUUGUAUUGAAACACUAUGGCAUCUUUCAUAAUGUCCCAAAGUAUACUGAACUAGUCAGUGUUUUAAUGUAGGAAACACAGCAGCUGGUUUGCACAGCAGGAUUCCACAAACAAGACAGGAAUAAAUGAUUAAAUCAUGUGUUUUAGGUGAUGAUUAAUCAGAACAUAAUAUCAAGAGCAAUCAGUUAUGUCAACAUAUAGGCAACAUUUGUAACCCAGGCUAAACUUAGCCAGUGGAAUAAAAAUCACUUGACACAGCAUUAGAAUACAAUAAUAAAAAAAUCAUAUUUCUUUCAGCAUUUCUCCAUGUAUGAGUCUUUUCCCAAAAAAAUCAAUUACUAGAAUAUUGUAUCCAAACCUAUAUUAUCAUACUUUUUUGAUGACUAUUUAGACAACUAAAGUGCUGAGAAAUGGUUAUGCUUAAAUGUACAAGAGGUUCUUCCUUGCUAUUUUGAAUUGGGUGUCAUUUCAGAGGUAAGGAACCAUAUUUGAUUUUAUCCAGCAAUAUAAAGUAUACCAGUAUACUAAGACUGAUUUGUCACACUUUUACAAGAUUAUUUGAUUGCAUAAAACUUCAACUUUGCCAUAAGGUUCACCAGUGAGAAAACAGGGCAACCUCAGGAACAUGGAGUACAAAAAUGUACAAUUGAGUUGUUAUUGAAUAGGCCUGUCUUAAAAGUAUAAAACUGGAGUCUAUUAAUAUUAAACCCUAUCCUUACAGAAUAUACAGUACUAUGGCAUACAGAAACUGGUUGGUAAUCAGUCUUUAAUCAGUUUUUUUCAUUUACAGUUGUACCUUUGCAUUAAAAUGCUAUAUUGUCCAUU